AGCCAGCAAGCAUGGAUCUCGGGCUGGGGCUGCCUGGCGAGUAGAGGGAGAAGGCACAGAGAGCCAGAACUAAGUCAGCCACCCAAGCUCAUGCAGGGGCAGCUGCAGCACCCACAGGGGACGCGUGUGCUGGCGGUCACAGGCCAGGACCCGGUGAGUGUUCCCAAGCGCUGCGGGGCAGAGACGGAAUUGCCUAAGAGGUGGGAAGGCCAGCUAGCUCUAGGGCAGGAUCUUUUCUCACUUAACUGACUGGAGGGGGGUGUCAAGGAGACUGACUAACCCACAGCGGAAGAUGGGGAAAUAGCCCCCCAAAAAGUGCGGAAGGCAGCCAGCCAGAAGCAGGUCCCCCAGGCUCAGCCUGUCAUCCAUCCAGAAGCAGGGAGUCAGGCUCAGAGCAACUUGGCAAGGCUUCCCGGGUGCCGGGGCGCUGGACUGAUGCCAGUCCCACCACCUCUGGUGCCUGCCUGCACAUGGGCACAGUCCUACUCCCCGACGAAGCAGGGGACUAUGUGAAGCCCAAAGUCACUGUCCUGUGCGGCUAUCAGUUCCUCUCGUUUGUUCUUUUUUCUUCGUGAGAACUUUUGGGCGAAGACACUAAAUUUUUUUUGUGGAAGCUGCUGGGCGGUGCUAGAAGAGAAAAAGUGCGAACUGAUGGAGAGGACCUGCGCCCUUCUAGUUUUUUCAGCAUCCACCGGUUAAACCAUCACCUCCAGAGGACUGAAGUUGUGACAGCUGGGAGGGGAGCAGGAUUCCGUUGCAGCCUUCAGCUGACUUUACCCCUCCGCAUGCAUGAGUGUGCCAGCAGCAGCAGAGGGGGCAGGGUUCUGUGUGUGGAGUCUCUGCUGGGACCCGAGUGAAUGGCCCCCAGGGACAGCGCGGAGCCUCUGCCUCCGCCACCUCCUCAGGGCUGGGCGUGGCCUGGAAAGAUAGUGGUGAUGGGUGCCCUGGCAGGCUUCUGGGUCCUCAGCCUGCUCACCUAUGGUUACCUGUCCUGGGGCCAGGGUUUAGAAGAAAAGGGGGCCCUGAGAACGGAAGACGGAGAGAGAUCUGAACCGGGCUCCACGGCCACCUCCCAGCCCCAUCUCAUUUUCAUCUUAGCUGAUGAUCAGGGAUUUAGAGAUGUGGGUUACCACGGAUCUGAGAUAAAGACGCCCACUCUUGACAAACUCGCCGCCGAAGGAGUUAAACUAGAGAACUACUAUGUCCAGCCUAUUUGCACGCCGUCCAGGAGCCAGUUUAUUACCGGAAAGUACCAGAUCCACACCGGACUCCAGCAUUCUAUCAUCAGACCCACCCAACCCAACUGUCUACCUCUAGACAAUGCUACCCUACCUCAGAAGCUGAAGGAGGUCGGCUAUUCAACUCAUAUGGUUGGGAAAUGGCACUUGGGAUUUUACAGGAAAGAAUGCAUGCCCACCAAGAGAGGAUUCGAUACCUUCUUUGGCUCACUUCUGGGAAGUGGAGAUUACUAUACACACUACAAAUGUGACAGUCCUGGGAUGUGUGGCUAUGACUUAUAUGAAAAUGAUAAUGCUGCUUGGGACUAUGACAAUGGCAUAUAUUCAACACAGAUGUAUACUCAGAGAGUGCAACAAAUCUUAGCUUCCCAUGACCCCAUGAAACCUAUAUUCUUAUAUGUCGCUUACCAAGCUGUCCACUCCCCACUGCAAGCCCCUGGCAGGUAUUUUGAACACUACCGAUCCAUUAUCAACAUAAACAGGAGGAGGUAUGCAGCCAUGCUCUCCUGCUUGGAUGAAGCAAUCCACAAUGUGACCCUAGCUCUAAAGAGGUAUGGUUUCUAUAACAAUAGUAUUAUCAUAUACUCCUCAGAUAAUGGUGGACAGCCCACAGCAGGAGGAAGUAACUGGCCUCUCAGAGGCAGCAAAGGAACAUAUUGGGAAGGGGGCAUCCGGGCGGUUGGUUUUGUGCACAGCCCGCUUCUGAAAAACAAAGGAACGGUGUGUAAGGAACUUGUGCACAUCACAGAUUGGUACCCGACCCUGAUUUCACUGGCUGAAGGGCAGAUUGAUGAAGACAUUCAGCUAGAUGGAUACGAUAUCUGGGAGACCAUAAGUGAAGGUCUUCGUUCACCCCGAGUGGAUAUUUUGCACAACAUCGACCCCAUUUACACCAAGGCGAAAAAUGGCUCCUGGGCAGCCGGCUACGGAAUCUGGAACACUGCAAUCCAGUCAGCCAUCCGGGUGCAGCACUGGAAGCUGCUCACGGGGAACCCUGGCUACAGUGACUGGGUUCCCCCUCAGGCUUUCAGCAAUCUGGGCCCAAACCGAUGGCACAACGAGAGGAUUACCUUGUCGACUGGCAAAAGCAUCUGGCUUUUCAACAUCACGGCUGAUCCAUACGAGAGGGUGGACCUAUCCAGCCGGUAUCCUGGCAUCGUGAAGAAGCUGCUGCGGAGACUCUCGCAGUUCAACAAGACGGCAGUACCCGUCAGGUACCCCCCAAAGGAUCCCAGAAGCAACCCGCGUCUCAAUGGAGGAGUCUGGGGCCCGUGGUAUAAAGAGGAAAACAAGAAAAAGAAGGCAAACAAGACUAAGGCUGGGAAAAGGCAAAAGAAAAGUAAGACCAGGAGGAGAAAACAGCUGACAGCUCACUCUUCAACAAAAUGCCACCCAAGUGUGACCGCUGGCUAAAGCCAAGGCUUUCUGACUUGGUUAAGCUAAAGUCGCCGGGUUUCUAGGUAAUUCAGAGAAAUUGCCUCGGAAAUACCACUACCGGCCGCCUCGGGCUUGUUUUCACUUUGCUCUCUGCCAAAGGCUCCGGGCACCUGACUGCCAGGUGGACAAAACUACCCUCCAGCGUGCCAAAGGCGAUGCUUCUGCGGGUCACACAGGGAGGGGGGGGGUAUUUAUUUCUCUCUAGCCUGUAAAUGAUGAGUCGGUUGACAAAACAGAACGCUUUGAAUUGCCAUAGGGACUGUGACCUGCAGUGGAAGCGAGCACUAACUUGAUGGAAAUCACAGGGUAACAUGUUUAAAAAUGACUUUUGAUACAAAGAUUGUGUUACCUCAAAGGCCUAAUUGCGAUAUUUCUAAAUAAAAAUUUUUUUUUAUCUGUAUCAUAUGCAACUUGGACUUUUAAACUAAUUCUGUUUUGUCUUUGUCUCUUCUCUGAGAAAAAGCUGCCUCUCAGGUGAACAGCUUACACCUCAUCUCAUCUUGCUUAAAGGAAUAGUAGAUAAUGUCCAAGCAUUGCCAGAAAUGAAUGUAACUACAUCCCAAACACUUUAAUAGAGCAAUAAUUUCAAUAUAAAGUGACUAAUUUAUUUUUCAAAAAAGUUAUGCAGAUGAUUUUAAUUAUUUUAUUUUUAGUUUCUAAGUAAGAAUUUAAUUUCAGUUCUUUAAAAUGACUAAGCACUGUAAUGUCAUCAAUUACUGUAAUAUUAUGUAUGUUCAUAAAAUAUAAAAGGAAAGUCACUUGGGAAAAGUACAGCCAUUAUUUUUUUCACCAUUAUUUGAAUGUAAGACAAUGAAUAUAUUUUUAAAAUUUUGUAAAUUUGCUGUUGUACAGAGUUUAUUUUACUUUAUUGUU